AUCUUGCUUCACGCAGCCUGCAGGUGGGCAUCUGUGCGCCUCGAUACAACUUGACACGCAUUCACGACCAACGAGCGAGCGACGCGGCGCAUUCACGACUCUUUCUAGUGCAGAGAGGGAGCAGUCACGAGUGCGCACUAGACCCUUGACCCAUCCCGUUCGCGCUUGAGGCGGCCGCCGGUCAUGUCGGAAUCGCAGGACAAGCCUGGACUGCCCACCUCUGGCACAUCGGUCUUGCCAGUCGUCGCGCCCGAGGUGAUGGUCGAUGUUCCUAGUAUGUCCCAAGAGGCAGCAGAGGAGCAGCAGGAGCAGGAGCAGGAGCAGGAGCAGGAGCAGGAGCAGGAGCAGCAGGAGCAGGAGCAGCAGGAGCAGGAGCAGCAGGAGCAGCAGCAGCAGGAGCAGCAGCAGCAGCAACGGCAAGCUGAAGCCGCGGCAUCACCAUCGCAGGAUGUGCGUGAUGAGCAAGAGCAAGAGGCCACGGUGGAGCGCGUUCAAGUGCCCGACAUUUCCAUCUCGCGACCCAGCACAUCAUCCUUGGCCGAGCCGAAUGGCGUCAGCAGAGACUCGGAAACAUCUCAAACACAGGCCGCCAAUGCGCCCGCAGAGGAUGAAGCGACGGCUGCUGAGCUGUCAAAGCCCGUUGCACCUUUACCGCACGACGCUUCCCCUGCCCCUCCUGCAAAGGAUCCGCCGCUUACAGAGAGCGGGAGCGGUGCGCCAUCCUCCGCCUCCGCCUCCGCCUCCGCCUCCGCUCCUCCCACUCUGAACGAUGGCAGCGAAAUGUCUCGGAGAUCCUCAGUGGCCAGCACAGCCGCUUCCACCACCGUGCACUCUCGAUCUUCCAUGUCAUCGCUGAACAAGGGCAGCGCAGUGUUCGUCAUUACUGCCCUCGACACCAUCUCUGCUUCCAAGGAGGCCAAAGGAUCCAAAGCCCCAUCCAAGGCGCUCAAGGAAGCGUCGACUCGCGCGUUGGAAAUGGUCAAAGCAGCUUCCUCCUCCUCCGCGCCGGGCAGUGCAGGGGCGGAGCUGGAUCCGCGCAUCGUUUUCGAGCCGCUUCGAUUGGCGAUGCAGACGAGGAGCACCAGCUUGACCAUCACAGCGCUGGACUGUGUGGCCAAGCUGGUGUCGUACAGCUUCUUUGCAGAGGAUGUGCCCGCAAUGGUGGAGGGACAGGAAGCGCUGGCGGAUGCGGUGACCAGCACAGUGUGCGACGCGUUUCACGAUGGUCUGGACGAAAAGGCUCAGCUGCAAGUCGUCAAGGCUUUGCUCUCCAUCGUCCUGUCCACCAGCGUGCACGUGCAUCAGAGCAGCCUGCUCAAAGCUGUUCGCACCACUUACAACAUCUUUCUGCUAUCCAAGACUGCUCCUACCCAGGCCGUCGCGCAGGGCGUGCUCACGCAAAUGGUGCACCACGUCUUUGGCAGGGUGCCCAGGGGUCACGAGUCCAAAUCGGGCGGCAGCAGCAGCAGCAGCAGCAGCAGCAGCAUCGCUCCUUCUGGAUCUGCUGAGCAUCUGCUCAGUGCGCCUAGAGCCGUCAAGACGCCCUCGGCGCCUCUGAGCGGGCCGGGUCAGGAAGUGCUGAGCUCUUUGGAAGAUCGCGCAGAAGCGCGGGACGCGAACGAGGAUGAGGAGGUGAAUCUGGAAGAGGAUGAGAGCAAGGCGCAGAAUGGAAGAGACGAUUCGACAGAGCAGCAAGAAGAGAGGGUCACGCUGCAAGCCCUCGAAGCUCGCGCUUCCUUUGAAGGCGCAUCGGAACGGGACACGGGCGCCAGCUUGUUGCAGCAGGCUCACAUCACGCAAGCGGAACUGUUCGUCAAGGACGCAUUCUUGGUUUUGCGUGCGCUAUGCAAGCUCAGCAUGAAGCCGCUCGGAGCGGAGAGCGAGAGGGAUCUCAAGUCGCACGCUAUGCGAUCCAAGCUGCUCAGCUUGCACCUCAUCCUCACCAUCCUCAAAUCCCACAUGACCCUCUUUACUGAUCCCAGCAUCGUCAUUCAUAGCGCCUCCACGGGCGAGCAGACGCAGUUCGUGCACGCUGUCAAGCAGUACCUCUGCCUCAGUCUGAGUCGCAAUGCCGUCUCCUCGGUCAAUCAGGUGUUUGAGCUUUCUUGCGAGAUAUUCUGGCUCGUGCUCAGCGGUAUGCGGACGCGCUUAAAGAGGGAGAUCGAGGUGCUGCUAAACGAAAUCUUUCUUCCCAUCUUGGAGAUGCGCAACUCGACGUCGAAGCAAAAGAGCAUUCUGCUCGGCGUGCUCAUCCGGCUCUGCCAAGACCCGCAAGCCCUCGUGGAGCUGUAUCUCAACUACGAUUGCGACCGGUCCGCAUUGGACAACAUCUACGAGCGCUUGAUGAACAUCGUCAGCAAGAUUUCUCAGACGCAUUUGGCGCCAGGAUCGCAACUCUCUGGGGAUCCUGCAGGUGCUUCUUCGUCGACCGGUGCUGCUCAAAAGUCUUCGACCUCGGGCGGACCGAGCGUGCCAUCGUCUUUGAGCGGCUCCACCACAGCCAGCGCAGAACUGGACAGCCUUGGCCCGGGCCAACAAGUGGAGAUGCGCCUCAAGAAGCAAAGUCUUGACUGCCUCUGCUCCGUCCUGCGAUCCCUUGUGGUAUGGUCAUCCCGAGCCAGUCUGCCGCAGCAGCAGGCAGGCAGUCUAGAUGGCACACGAACGCACUCUCCCCGAGGCAGCGAAGACGUCCGAGGUCAAGAAGGCCCUGCGGACGCGGCGCGUCAUAGUACGGGCAUCGAGAGCGGAGCAGCUACACCCAUCCUCGGUAGCGGUAGUGCAGCCACUGCUACGGGCACCACCACUACGCCAGACCAGAACGUCGAUGAUCCCAAUCGAUUCGAGAGCGCAAAGGCUCGAAAGACUUCGCUCUUGGAAGGCAUCAGAAAGUUCAACUUUAAGCCCAAGCGCGGUAUCGAGUAUCUCGUGCAGCAAGGCUUCAUCCGCGCCCGUGAGCCCAAAUACGUUGCCCACUUUUUGCUCUUUACAGAUGGACUGAACAAGGCGCAGAUCGGAGAGUACCUCGGCGAAGGCGACGCGGAGAACAUUGCCAUCAUGCAUGCCUUUGUAGACCUCUUGAAUUUUAGCAACAUGCCCUUCACCGAUGCCCUCAGAAGAUUUCUGCAGGCUUUCAGGCUGCCUGGCGAAUCGCAAAAGAUCGACAGGUACAUGCUCAAGUUUGCAGAACGCUACGUUGCGGGAAACCCCACGAUGUUCGCAAACGCCGACACUGCGUACAUAUUCGCGUACUCUGUCAUCAUGCUCAACACGGACGCUCACAGUCGGCAGAUCAAGCACCGCAUGACCCUGCAAGACUUUCUCAAGAACAAUGCGGGCAUCGAUGAUGGCAAGAGCUUGCCAGAAGAGUACGUCAGGGGCGUCUACGACGAGAUUCAGAACAACGAGAUCAAGAUGAAGGACGAGGUGCUGGCUUCGGCUCUGCCACCUGGCGCGAUUGGCGGAGGUUUGGCAAAUGCCAUCGCUGGAGUUGGCAGAGACCUCCAGCGAGAGGCGUACGUACUGCAGAGUGAGGACAUGGCCAACAAGACGGAAGCGCUAUUCAGAACCAUGGUGCGCACGCAGCGUCGCGUGCAUCCUGAUCAGCGAGCAGCUGCGGAACGAUUUUUCUCCGCUUCGCACUUUGAGCAUGUGCGGCCCAUGUUCGAAGUGGCUUGGAUGGCCUUCUUGACGGGUAUCAGCGGUCCUAUGCAGGAGAGCGACGAUGCGGACACGGUGUCUGUGUGCCUCGAAGGAUUCAGAGACGCUAUCCGCAUCGUCAGCCUCUUUGGCCUGGAGUUGGAACGCAACGCGUUCGUCACCACGCUUGCCAAGUUCACCUUUUUGAACAAUCUGGGCGAGAUGAAGAGCAAAAAUGUGGAAGCAAUCAAGGCGCUGUUGGGCGUAGCUCAGACCGAGGGCAAUUACCUGCAAGGAAGCUGGAGAGAGCUCCUCACGUGCGUAUCGCAGCUCGAGCGCUUUCAGCUUAUCAGCGGAGGUGUGGACGAGCGCCAGCUGCCGGAGCUGGGAAGAAGGGCCAGCGCGACUGCGGCGCGCACGGCGAGCACUACUCCUCGAGCUGCACUACCCACGGACGAUGUCGUGCAAGCUGGUGCGUCGAGGGAAGUGACCAUUGCUGCCGACAUGGUCUUUUCCUCUACGCCCCACCUCUCAGGCACGGCCAUUGUGGACUUUGUGCAGAGCCUGUCGGACGUGUCGUGGGAAGAGAUUCAAUCGAGCGGCAUGAGCGACAACCCGCGCUUGUUCUCGCUGCAGAAGCUCGUGGAGAUUUCUUACUACAACAUGAGCAGGAUCCGUUUGGAGUGGUCCAACAUCUGGGCAAUCUUGGGCGAACACUUUAAUCAGGUCUGCGUCCAUCCCAAUCCUAGAGUAUCGGCGUUUGGUCUGGAUUCGCUGCGACAAUUGUCGGCUAGGUUCCUGGAGAAGGAGGAAUUGCAAAAUUUCAAAUUCCAAAAGGAUUUCUUGAAGCCCUUUGAGUACACGAUGCGAAACAAUGCAUCUUCCGAAGCGAAAGAGAUGGUCCUGCAGUGCUUGCAGCAGAUGAUCGCUAGCCGCAUUCACAAUAUGCGAUCUGGUUGGCGGACCCUGUUUGGCGUGCUCGGCGCUGCCUCCAAAGCGUCCGAGCGUGUGGCGACGUACGCCUUUGAGCUCGUCCGGCAACUGAAUCAGGAGCACUUUGGAGCCAUCAUUUCCGCAGGAGCAUUUGCUGAUUUAACCGUGUGCUUGACGGACUUUGCAAAGGCAACGCAUGCCCAAAGGCUGGCGCUUCAAAGCGUGUCCAUGCUCCGAGCCGUCGUGCCCAUGAUGCUUGGUGCAGCCGAAUGCCCGAUCGACGCCGAGGCGGAUCCAGGACCUGCUGCAACGCAGCCCAUGUCGGACGACCCGAUGAUUCGCUUCUGGUUCCCAGCCCUCUUUAGCUUCUACGACGUCAUCAUGAACGGCGACGAUCUCGAAGUGCGCCGAGUGGCUCUGGAUGCGCUCUUUGAGAUCCUCAAGCAGUACGGCUCUACCUUUAGGCCAGACUUUUGGGACACUGUCUGCAAAGAGGUCCUCUUUCCCAUCUUUGCGGUGUUGCGAUCCAGAUCCGACGUCACCCGAUUCAGCACCCAAGAGGAUAUGAGCGUGUGGCUAUCGACUACAAUGAUUCAAGCGCUCAGAAACCUCAUCGAUUUGUGGACAUUCUACUUUGAGACGUUGGAGCGCUUGCUGCCCGGCUUGCUGGAUCUGCUCUGCGCUUGCAUUUGUCAAGAGAACGACACGCUCGCGCGCAUCGGAACGUCUUGCUUGCAGCAGCUGCUGGAGAAAAACGUGCGCAAGUUCAACCCCGACAGGUGGUCGCAGGUAGUCGACACGUUUGUGCAGCUCUUUCGCACGACUACCGCGCAUCAGCUGUUCGAGCGCUCGCUGAGGAUAGAAGAGACCAUCACAAGCCCAACAUCGGCGCGCUCCGAGCUUGCACCUUCAGGUGCCGUGACCAAUGGCCUUACAGCGGCGCCUCUUUCGCCAAAUGCUCCAAUCACCUCUCCUCCGCCUGACGCGCCGCCGGCACCGCUCAUGACUCAGUCGCAGCGUCGCCGUGCAUUCAAGCAGAUCAUUGUCAAAUGCGUUCUUCAGUUGCUCUUGAUCGAGACGACGCACGAGCUCCUGCAAAAGGGCCCGGUCUACGAGGUCAUGCCGCCCGCUCAGCUCUUGCGACUUACGCACGUCCUCGAUGACAGCUAUCGAUUCUCGCGUCGCUUCAAUGCCGACAAAGAGCUUCGAAUGGCCCUAUGGAAAGUCGGCUUCAUGAAGCAAUUGCCCAACCUGCUCAAGCAAGAGAGCAGUUCAGCAGCGACGCUCGUCAGCGUGCUGAAUAGAAUGCACAACGAUGAUCGGCCAUCGCACCGCGACAUGCGAGCCAGCGUUCGGCAGACGCUCGUCCCGCUCGGUCAGGACAUCAUCAAUGCGUACCUGCCGCUAGACACGGAGACGCAGGCGCGAAACAUUGCAGCUUGGACGCCGGUGGUUGCGGAAGUAUUUACCGGACUAGACAGCUUCAGCGACACGCUCGAGGACAGCGUCUUUCCGCACUACGCCAGCAUGUUUUACCCCCUUGCGGUCGAACUUCUGAGUCGACCUGCCUUGGCACCGGAGCUGCUUCGAAGCCUUUACCUAUUCUUCAAAAAGACUGGCUUCUCGUCUGCUCUCAGAAUACCGCUCAUGACGGAGGAGAGCGAGACGGAGCGCAAGAGAAGAGUGGCAGAUGCCAAGGACCGAUCGCGGACGCGGACGGAUGAUGGCGCUUCGGAUGAUUCGCCAUUGGCUAGUGCGCGGACGCUAGACGGAGCAGCAGAGGCGAGCCGGACUUCAUCCUCCUCCACGCCGCGUCAAUCGACGGCACAGAUGAAUGGUGCGCUGGGCAUCGACAGAGGAAGCGAAGCGCCAUCAGCAGUGGUCACCGACGUGAACCAGCAGCCGGAUCAGCAAAGUGCAGAAGAGGGCAUCACGCCGACCCAUGCGCCUACGCCUCCCGUCAUCUCGGAGGCAGACGAGGAUGCGAGAGGAGUCUCUUCUGCCGUCGUCUCUGUGGAAGCGGAGGCCGCUGCUGCCGCCGCCGCCGCCGCCGCCGCUGCAGCAGAGGCGAGCACCUCGAAUGGAAGGCAUGAUGCGCCAAUCGUGGAUAUUUAGAUCUUCGCUUUGCUCGCCUCUUUCCUUUCCCCCUCCUCCGCUUGCAUCUGGGAGAGAUUUGUCGAUGCGCCCCAACGCGCAUGUACUACUCUUUGUAAUCGGAUGAAUCACCGGGUGCUGAUCGAUCGUGAAACGAGAACGUCUGGGCUACCGUAGUGCAUGUGUAGCCUGUUUGUCGUAUUCGCCAAUGAAAGACGACGUCGAUCGCAGCCAUGAGUGCGUGUCACCACGCUCGAGCGUCGUGAUAACAAGCCAGCCGCACCGCCACACCGCGCAC